AUGCUUGGCCACCAUAGUGAGAGGUUGCCUAUUGCCUUCGGAUUGAUAUUCAUUCCUCGUCAUUGUCCUAUAAGAGUAGUUAAAAAUUUGAGGGUAUGCAGGGAUUCUGAUAAUGCUACUAAAUACAUCUCAAAGAUAACUCAGAGGGCGAUCCUUGUUAGAGGUGCGGUCAGGUUCCAUUUGUUUGAGGAUGGAGCUUGCUCUUGUCGGGACUUUUGGAGGGUUCUUUCAUUAUCCAAAAUUGUGACUAUAUGUGUCACUUAACCUGGAUUAAAUUAGCCUUGCACAAGGAAUUAUCUUACUCCAAAAGGAUCGUCAAAGUCAUCAUGGAGCAGUCCGUUCAGCUACAGAUGGUGGUUGGAAAAGAACAAGUUAAAGUGGAAGGCACAUUGGAUAACUAUCUUCAACUUUAUGGGAAUCAAAAGAAAAUGAAGAUUACCUGCAACUCUCUGCAGAUCUCAAUUACUUCUGCCAUAGGAGCCCAGUCACCAAAGUUCCUCUCAACAAACUGGUUUCCACCACCAAGAGCCUUGAAGAAGUCCAUACCUCGAUCGAAAAGUACAACACCACCCCAAUACCGCGGCCAGAAGUCUUGUACCUUCACAACAUCAAUGUUACAUUAGAGGAAGAACAGAUGAUAAACUAAACAAGUUCAUUAUUCGGUAUGCACCUCCGACUCUAUGUGCUCGUGGAGAACUGCAUACAGUUGAACCCCCAUUGCGUCAAAUAAGGGUUUCCUAGCAUAAAGCUGAUGAGCUUCGGCUCUGCACAUGAUGCACCUGUCCUCAACAGAAAUUGCACAAGGGGAAUAAUGUG